UACAGAUGCUGGUAGUUGCACUUCAAGUUACAUUGACGGACAAAAACGCGUUCUUCUGUGUUUUAAGUGCAAUGAGGAAAGUUGGAAACAUGUUUUAUUCUUUAUUAGUUUUGUUAUUAUUCAUUUCACAGGUGACCUCUGAAUGUGACACAAGCCAAAAAAGGCUCGGAUGUCGAAUACAAGGAAAAAGAUGUACGUGCGAUGAGUUUAGUUGCACCUCCGAAUACAGAUAUUCUUCAUUCGAAGAAUGCGAUAGUGCCUUAAGAGGUAAACGAGCGGAUAUUUGUCAUCCGAAUCCUUGUAUGCAUGGUGGCUCUUGUAUACAAGUGGCUCAACAGCCUGGUUUUAAAUGUCGGUGCGAGGGAACUGGAUUUUACGGCGAAAGAUGCAACCGAGCAUGUCCACGACCUACGAUACCUUAUAGAGACAUCAUUUUUCCGUACGAAUGCAUUGUGAUAUAAAAGUACAAAGAGAUAACAAGAGGAGUUAAUGGAAGAAGCACCAAAGAGAUAUUUUCGUACAUUAUAAUAUUAUAAAAUUAUUAAUUAGUUUAAUAAUUAAAAAAAAUAAAGCCAUUUUUUUUUUAAUUGGUAUUACUUAUAUAUAUUUAUUUUCUCGAAAAAAUUAAACAAUUUACAAAUAGAAAGAAUGAGAUAAUCCACGUGUAUUUUAAUAUUCUCGUUAUAUGUGUGUACCAAACUGCAUCACAGUACCCACACGCGUUUUUUUUCUCGUUAGUAUUUUCACUACACUUUUUCACCACUGGUUUUGGCGAGAUUAAUAAUAAUCGGGGGAGAUUAAAUUCGCGACGUUAGUUUUUAAUAUUAUAAUUAAGAUUUUUUUUUUAAUUUUCUAGCUUUCAAACUUGGCUUAUCACAGAAACGAUUCAUAAUAACGAUAAAUCAUAAAUUAAAUAUAAAAAAAAAAAAUAAUAGGUUUUGGUUUUGUUUGUUGCGCGUAACACGUUGUGGGUACUGGUUACUGAUAUUAGUAUUUUUAACUAAUCUUUUUUUUUAGUUUUUAGCAUUCAUCACACCUAAAUUGGGCACUAAAUAAAAAAAAA